GAACGAGUGAGUUGCUCGCCGUUGCUUGGAUUUGACGUAGUUUUUGUUUUUAUUUUAAUUUCUUUUAAAUACUUUAAAUCGUUGGUCGUAAUAUCCUAAAAUAAGAAAUGUUUAUUUUAUGUAUCGAGCGUUUACAAUCUGCACAUUAAAACGCAGAGUCAUACGCCGAUACCCUCCUUACAACGGAACUCCCACGGAUGUACACAUCUAAAUAGAUUAUUCAUAUUAUCCUUAACUUACGAUUUCCUUAUUUAACAGAUUUCCUACCAAGACGAAACCAAGAUGGCCUUCCGAAAGCAUGUUUUUUUUUUCUUUUUCUUUUGCUGUUUCUUUUAUUUCUGUCUGUCUGAAGGCGAAAGUGAAAGUAAUGAAAACAGGAUGAAUGUUACGUUCGUUCGAAACUGAUCUCAUUGAGUGGCACGCUUUCUGCGCAUAUGGUUACGCUGCGCAUUAGGCAGAGAUAUUCUAAAAUUGCGUUAAUACAGUGGUAGAAGUGGUAAGCAUAUUUUUUCAGGGUCGAGCACUAUCAGAGAAUUGAAGAGAAGAUCAAAGCUCAGCUUUCGGUUUGAUCUCAUUUAUUUGUUAUAACCUGUUGGUGAUGCUCAGGCGUUGAGUUCGAUUUUAAAACCCAUCAACAAAAUACAUAAUUGAACAUAAGGAGAAAUAAAGAAAUAUUGAUUUUUGAAAAUUCGUUUUGAUAGUAGAUAUGGGAGAUUAUAAAUUACGAAAAAUUAUUGAAAAAAAGAAAAUCGGAGAAGAGUUGACUAGCGAAGACAUUGAUUACUUCGUAUUGGCAGUGACGAAGACUAUUAAAAAAACAUCAGACAACAAUGAAGAAGAAAUUGCUGAUCGAUGUCAAAUAGGUGCUAUGCUUAUGGCCAUUUAUCUCAAAGGCUUCAGUGACUUCGAAACAAAUCAACUCACUCUAAAAAUGCGUGACUCCGGGCAUAUGUUUCAGUGGCCAGAUGAACUGAAAAAUCGAAUUGUUGACAAGCAUAGUACCGGAGGAGUAGGUGACAAGAUAAGUUUGAUUUUAGUUCCUGCUCUUGCUGCGUGCGGAUUACUGAUUCCAAUGAUAUCUGGGCGAAGUCUUGAUCAUACUGGAGGAACCUUAGACAAACUCGAAGCUAUAAAAAAUUUCUCAUCCUCCCUUGAAGAAAAAGAAAUUCAAGACUCGAUUGCCUCGAUUGGAUGCUGCAUAGCUGGUCAAACUGACAACUGUAUACCUGCUGACAAAGUACUUUAUGCAUGCCGAGAUAUGACUUCAACUGUUGAUUAUCCUCCCCUUAUUAUUUCCUCCAUUGUAUCUAAGAAGCUCAGUGAGAAUCCGCAGGUCAUUGUGUAUGAUGUGAAGUUUGGCAAAGGAGCAAUCUUCAAGACAAAGGAAGAUGCUUUAGAAACAGCAAAAGGAUUAGUAAAAGCAUCAAGGCCUGUAAAAGCUGUUGCUCUAUUAACAUCUAUGGAAGGCCCAUUAGGUAUGGGUAUUGGAGACUCCCUGGAAGUUUUAGAAGCUGUCGAUUGUUUAAAAGGAGGUGGGCCAAAAGAUAUAAUUGAACUCGUGGAAGCCUUAGGAGGCGAACUUUUACGGCUUACCAUUGGAGGUAACAGAGAAAAGAUUUCUGAAAGUCUUAAAAAUGGAACAGCUCUUCGGAAAUUCCAUGAUAUGGUAAUUAAUCAGCAUGCAGAUCCAGAAACAGCGAGAGAAUUGUGCUAUGGUGAUGCAAACAAAGCUUUAAGGGGCGAAACGCCACAUAUAACUAAUUUCAUACACUCUGGCGAAAAUGGUUUUAUUGAAGACAUUGAUCCACUCGUCCUGGGAAAAGUGUGGAAAGAAGAAUAUAGCUAUAGCAAUCGCAACCCCAGGGUGGGGUUUCUUCUUAAGAAAAGUUUAGGGGAUGAAAUUAAACAAGGUGAUGUCUGGAUGGAAUUUCACCACCAACGAGAUGAAAUAAUGCCAGAUCAGCGAACCCUAUUAAGCAAUGCCAUAACAGUACGUUAUGGCAUUGCUCCUCAACGAGUACAAAGAAAACUGACUGACAAAAUAAUUUACAUGAAAAAUGACUCUCUAAUGAUUGAAGAUUAUUGAAAUUCAAAAUAGAAUAGCGAUUUUUGCUAAUUUCCUAACUGAACAGUAAUACGAAACGCUUUAAUGUGAAAUUCUGUCUUAAUUUUGUUGAAAAAUUGGAUAAUGUCUGAAGGCUUAUUAACUAUUAAUAGUAUAAAUAUUAUGGUAUAGGGAUUGAAAUCCUUAUAAAUGGAUCUGUAUGAGAAGUAUUAUGCUGACGAUAUACAGCAGAUAUUAAUUUUCGCUUUUACACUGACUAUGUAUAAAAAACA